GAUGGAAGCAGCAGAUCAACACGCAACAACUAUGGCGAGAAGAAACUCAGGGUUUCUCCUGGUGCGCCAAUUGCUUGCCAAUUCCCUUCUUCCUCACCACAACAACCUCCCCUCCUAUUCAAUCCGAACCCUCUCUUCAUUCUCAAAGCCCCAAUCUUCACCAGGCCCAAAUCCUCCUCCCAACCCAAAACCCUCCUCCAAUUUCCCAUCUUUUCGAUCCUUCUCAUCUUCCCCAGCUGCCCCCUCAAACCUUGUAAUAAUUAAGACCGAGGAACAACUGAAGAGCGCACUCAGCGAAGCUGAAGAUGAGUAUCUGCCAGCUGUUUUUUACUUCACUGCGGUUUGGUGUGGGCCUUGCAGGUUCAUAGCUCCAGUAAUUGGGGAGCUGAGUGAGCAAUACCCGCAUGUGACAACAUUUAAGAUUGACAUUGAUGAGGAGGGCCUUGGAAGCACAUUGGACAAGUUCGGUAUUUCCGCUGUGCCAAGAUUCCAUUUCUUUCAAAACGGGAAAAUAGCUGCUGACGUUGUUGGUGCUGAUGCUGCACACUUGAAAGAAACUUUUGAACAACUUUACAAGCCGGACUUGUGAACAAAGAGAGAAGCAAAUAAGGCUCGUCUUAGUGGAGCUGCCAGCAAAAGAUGCAACAUGAAAUCAUGGUACUACCUGAUUAUAAGCUUCUCUUCUCCCCACUGACUUGUCUUUUGUUGACCCACUAGCACCUUAUUGUGUUAAAUCUUGAAACCUUACGAAGUCUGAACCUGUGCGAUGGAUGAAAUGUUAAGUAAUUUGUUUGGCCUGAA